AUGUCUAAAAGAAGCAGUUUUCAUAGGGCUCCAAAAUUUAGGCCAGAAGUAAAGGUUGUGAAUGGGCCGAAGCAAGCGAUAGGUUUAACUGGAAGAAAGGAGAAAAUUGAGGUUCUUUCUGAACCUAUAAAAUCUGUGUCUGAUAAAAAACUUUAUAAAACUAUAAGAUUAGAGAAUGGCCUGACAGCUUUACUUAUAUCAGACCCUAGUAGACCAUUCAUUCUCAAUGAGAGUAGCUCCAGUGAAGAAGAGAGCAGUAGUUCUGAUGAUAGUGCUGGACAAGAGAGUGAUGGUGGUAAAUCUGUACAAUCUGCUGCUAGUGACCAGCACGGGACAAAAAGGAGAGCUGAAUUUGAUGAGGAAAAGUUGGCGGCGUGUGCGCUCUCCGUGGGAGUUGGUAGCUACAGCGACCCACCAGAUAUACAGGGUUUGGCACAUUUUGUAGAACAUAUGGUGUUCAUGGGGAGCGAAAAGUACCCUAAGGAGAACGAAUUUGAUUCCUUCAUUAAGAAAAAAGGCGGCUCGGACAAUGCCUCGACGGACUGUGAAGUCACAACAUUCUAUUUCGAAAUUCAAGAAAAACACCUGCCACAGGCAAUGGAUAUAUUCAGUCAGUUCUUCGUCAGUCCACUCAUGAAGAAAGAGGCCAUGCAACGAGAGAGAGAAGCUAUUGAGUCGGAAUUCGCAAUAGCCUCACCAUCAGACUCAAACCGCAAGGACCAGCUCCUCUCAAGCAUGUUCCCAGAAGGACAUCCCGCAGGCACCUUUACUUGGGGCAACCUGCGCAGUCUGCGGGACGACGUGCACGACGACGAGAAGCUGCAUAAAGCCGCACACGAGUUCAGGAGGCAGCAUUAUAGCGCUCAUAGGAUGACCGUCGCUGUACAGGCUCGUAUGGACCUUGCAAGUCUAGAACAAUACGUAGUCAACACAUUCGGACAAAUUCCCACCAACAAAUUGCCGGCGGAUGACUUCAGUGACUUCACCUACACGCCGGAGAUGGUCUCGCCCAAGUUUAAGGAUAUAUACUACAUGAAGCCAGUCAGCGAUACGACAGAGGUGCACCUGACGUGGUGCAUGCGCUCGCUGCUGGCGGAGUACGAGUCCAAGCCGCACCAGUACGUGUCGCACCUGCUGGGGCACGAGGGCCGCGGCAGCCUGCUCUCGUAUCUUAGGAAAAAAGUUUGGGCGCUGGGCAUCUACACGGGUAACUCGGAGAGUGGCAUCGACUAUACUUCCAUGUACAGCCUGUUCUCUAUACAGGUUGUCCUCACGAAGGACGGACUCGAUCAUGUGGACGAGGUACUAGAAGCAAUAUUUUCCUAUAUUCAAAUGUUGAAACAAAUUGGACCGUCAGAGAGAAUAUUCGAAGAAUUAAAGACAAUAGAAGAGACAAGUUUUCGUUUCGAAGAGGAGUCUCAGCCAGCAGACUACGUGGAGUCGUUGUCAGAGAAUAUGCACUUCUUCCCACCAGAGCACUACAUCACGGGAGACAAGCUGUAUUAUAAGUUCGAUCCUAAGGGUAUCACAGAUCUGUUAGACUGCAUGAGGGCGGACAUGGUCAACGUGCUCGUCCUGUCCAACAAGCACUCCGUGCCGAUACAGUACGACGCCAAGGAGAAGUGGUUCGGCACGGAGUACAAGAGAUUAGAAAAACCUAAGGACUGGUUAAACAGAUGGCUGAACGUACAGCCCUACAAAGAGUUCCAUUUGCCAGAAAAGAACGUUUAUAUAACGACAAACUUUGAUUUAGUUCCUCCAGCAACGCCCUACCUAGAAGAGGCGAAGAGACUAGGUUUAGACCUAGCCAAUAGUUCAGCUAAAGAUAUACACAGGAAAGUGUCUGGCAGUGAGAAAACUACUAAAGUGCUGUCUCAAGGAGAUUUGAUAGCAACUGUUAAUAAUUUUAGGCUAGAUCAACCGAAUCUCCUGCGUAAGAAUCGUCACAUGGAGCUUUGGUACAAGCCGGACUUCAAGUUCCGCUUCCCGACGGCCUUGCUCUACUUCUACUUCAUAACGCCGCUCAGCCUGCGCUCGCCCAGGGACGCCUGCCUCAUCGAUCUCUGGACUGACGUUCUACAACAAGGACUAAAGGAAGAGGUAUAUCCCGCGAAUAUGGCGGACCUGUCGCACUCACUAUACGUGUCCGAUAAAGGGUUGACGUUGAAAGUGACCGGCUACAGUCAGAAUUUACAUCUGCUGGUGGAGCUGGUGUCGCGGGAGAUGGCGGGCGCGUGCAAAGCGGGCGGCAGGCUGACGCCGGCGCUGUUCGCGGCCGUGCGCGACGUGCGCGCGCGCGCCUACCACAACGUGCUGCUCAAGCCGCACAAGCUCGCCAAGGACGUCCGUAUGAACGUGCUCCUCGAGCCCUACAUAUCCCCGCGGGAGAAGGCCGCCGUCGUGCACAACAUCACCUUCACCGAACUGCAGGAGUUCACCGACAAGUUGUUAGGCAAGAUGUACUUACAGGUGCUCGUACAAGGAAACCUACCUUGGUAUGACGCCAUUACGAUAUCAGAAAAUGUUUUCAACAAUAUCAAGUGGGAAGAAUUGUCUGAGAGUGAGAUGCCCGAGAUAAGGGUGCACCAGCUUCCGCUGGGCGAGAGGCGCGUGCGCGUAGCCAGCCUCAACCCCGCCUCCACCAACAGCAUCGUCACCGCCUACUACCAGGGCGCCGCCGCCGCACCGCGCGACACCGCCGCGCUGGAGGUCAUGAUGAUGCUGAUGGAGGAGCCGGCGUUCGACGCGCUGCGCACCAAGGAGCAGCUAGGCUACAGCGUGUUCAGCAUGAUGCGGUAUACGUUCGGCGUGCUCGGCGCCUCCAUCACCGUCAACACGCAGGUCGACAAGUUCAGCGUGUCGCACGUGGAACAGCGCAUCGAGGCGUUCCUGAAGAAGUUCGCGCGCGACACUCGGCGCGGCGGCGAGCGCGCGCUGGCGCCCGUGCGCCGCGCGCUCGUGCAGCUCAAGCACAACGCCGACUACGAGCUCAAGGAGGAGGUAGAAAGAAAUUGGCGGGAAAUCGUGAGUCGGGAAUACCAAUUCCAGAGAUUGUUUGUUGAGGCGGAGGCAAUAGAGCAAGUGAAACUCGCUGAUGUAAAAAAUUGGAUCGACGACCACUUCUCUACUGGGAACAAAACGCAAUUCAGAAAACUUUCCAUACAGGUCGUGGGCCACAAACCUAAAGACGAUAACGCGAUCGCAGAAGAAACGGAAACGAAAAAUUUGACCCUUCAUUACCUCGACGCCAGCGACUCCGUCGGGGACUCUCCUCGCGAGAACGACGAUGACUUCAUUAAAGACAUAGAACAAUUCAAGAAAGAUCUACCCCUUAUAAAUGUUCCUAGGGUCGAACUGACUCAGUGC